AUGGCACAGGCCAACAGUACAAAGGGUGCCACAAGAACAACGGAGCCACGCCCAGGUAUAUACUCGAAGUUGGCCACCUUCUCCGCGCAUACUCAUCCAAUCGAGUUCAAGUCGAACAUCCUCAGCGACACGUCUGAUAUCGCAUAUUCCGACGAGGAACUCCAAGCUGGACCUUCAAGUCGCGCAGACACGUCGAUUCGCAGGGCGUCGCAGCCCGUUCUUUCUACCGACACGUCCUUCGACGCGUACUUUCUGCAUGCCUCGAAAGCGGCACGCACAUCCGCAAACGUCUUUUCGCAACUAGUGCAGCCACUCUCUCCCGAGGAGUACGCGACCUCCAUCCGGACAUCCCACUAUCCUUCUAUUGCUGGACCAGAUCGGAGUAUUGCUUCACUGAGCGCCCUACAUCGACGUCAUUUCGUGCAGUUUCUAUUCGAGCUAGAUCAGGGUUUCAAUCUGGCAUUCUACGGGUUCGGAUCCAAGCGCAAGAUUCUGAACGAGUUUGCGAUACAGCGUUGUCGUAAGCGCGGACCCGUCAUCGUCAUGAAUGCGUACUCUCCCAACUUCAGUCUCAACGAUGUCUUUGCUGCUAUCGAAAAGAUACCUGGCAUCUUGGAUCUCCCGCUCCCUACACGAGGCCUAGAGAACCAGGCGCGUCGUAUCUGCGAUUUCUUCGCGAGUUCAGAACAACGUCUCUUUCUUAUCAUCCAUAACCUCGACGCGCCCGCUCUCCGUACAGCCAAAGCCAAGGCCUGUCUCUCCCCUCUCUUCUUCAGCGCUCAUGUCAGCCUCGUAGCCUCAGUCGAUCAUAUCAACGCUCCGAUCCUUUGGAGCUCCUCGGAGAUGAUGACACGGAGGCAGAAUCUGAGCAACGGAGGAUUUGGUUGGCUAUGGCACGACUUGACGACACUGCAACCAUACGACACAGAACUUGCGUUCGCAGACCGCUCUUCCAUCAAAGGAGCCACGACAGCGCAUUCCCGAAGCCACCACCCGGACCCGUCCGCCACGUCCAGUCUCACUAUGACCGAAACCGCAGCCCAACACAUUCUGGCGUCGGUUACCGAGCGAGCGAAGAAACUCUUCGUUCUGAUGGCCCACCAGCAACUUGAGGCCAUGGAGGAAGCAGGCGACGAUGCCAAGGUUACCGAGGCCGACAAGGAGGAAGUCGGGAUCGCCUACGAUGUGUUGUACAUCAUGGCGAAGGGAAAGUUCGUGGCGACGAGCGAUACAGCGUUGCGGGCACUGUUAGGGGAGUUCAAGGAUCACAGCUUAGUGGUAACGAGGGAGGGUAGUGGAGAAAGGUUAUGGAUUCCGAUGAGGAAAGAGAGGCUUAUGAAGGUUUUGGACUCAGAGCUGUUGAAACCGGUUGUUCACGAAGUUUUACAGGGUUGAUGCACGCUUUCGAUGCGAAUAGACUGGGUGAGGCAUUUGUCGUAUCGCUCAUAAAAUUAUAGGAGUACAUAUCAGGUAUCGGAAUC